UCAGUUUGUACUGCUUUUUUAUUUAUUCCUACGUGAGCAGAUCCAGUACAGUUCUUGCAUAUAAACAGUGAAAAUUUCAAUAUAAAGGAGUUAUUAUACCUUAUUUUGGAGUAACAUUAGUGCUAGCCAGAACCUUGCCUACUAUGUAAGACUAAGAAGAUACAUUUUCUGCGGGUAAUCCCAAAGCUUUCAGAAAACACUUGUCUGCUAUUCUGCAAAUGCUGACUAUCUGGUCUGGACCACUCUCCUGGGGCCAAAGUGUUUACAGAUCUCAUCUGAAUGAUACAGUCCCUCAGACACGCUCAGUCUUGUACUUGCAUGAAUUAGAGCAAGGACUAUACAUCAAUUAUUGAAUCCUGUUUGAUGCUAUAUAUUUGCUUGGUCACAAGCCACUGGCUUUGUUUGGCUAUUUGAGAAGAUUAGUUUCAGCUGCUAAAGUAAAAAGAUGGGACAAGAAGAAAAAACAAACAACAACACUGCAGGAAGAAUUUCUGUUUGAUAUUAAUGGGUCUAUUUCUACAGCAAAGCUAUGCAUCAGGAAAGCAAUUGCCCAAAACAGUUAUUAUGCAUGUUAUUUACAUUCUAUGAAAAUAAGAAAUAUUUAAGUGGUCCACAGUUCAAAACUUGAAUCUCUUGCGAAAGGUUAACUGUUAGCUAAGUAGGCAUUAGAAAAGGUGGUUGACUAAUUUAUCUUUGCAGUAGUUAACAGUUAACAUACCUUGACUACUGUAAUUUAUACUUUUGUUGUAAGAGAAACCAAGAUUAGUUUCAGAAUGUAAACGUUAAGAAUUCCAAAUUCUCUCUCCAUUAAUGCUCUCCUUUGACUGGAUAUUUAAAUUAUUUAGGGUUAGAAGAGGGCCUCAGCCUCCCUGAUUGAACUAACCUCAUUAUCCCUAGCCUGAUUCUUGCUUGCAUAUUUAUACCUGCCUCUGAAAAUUUCCACUACAUGCAUCUGGCGAAGUGGGUAUUCACCCACGAAAGCUUAUGCUCCAAUAUGUCUGUUAGUCUAUAAGGUGCCACAGGAAUCUUUGCCGCUUUUAAAUUUAGUUUAUCUUGGUGAUUGGUCUAACUAAUAAUUUUCUCUGUAACAAAAUAUUGGUAAAUGUGGGGAGAAAUUGAAAGAAUAUCUCAAAAUAGCAUAGAUUACCUAGAAAUAUAAAUAAAAACCAACAGAAUGAAAAGAAUUAGUUUCCUAAUCAUUAGUUAAAGUCUUCAUUUGCAUCUGGAGCAUAACCACCAGAUGCUGUUCGAAUGGCCUAAUGAAAUGGGUCGCAGAGAAACUUAUUACUUGCAGGCGUCAAACCGUGAUUCAAUGGCCCAACAAAACAAGAAAAUGCGCCCUGUAUUACUCAAACGGAAUAGCCUGGAUUCAGUUGAUUUUAUGAGGCAGCCACACCACCGCAGGAGCAAAUCUCAGCAAGUCCGAUUCAAAGAGGAUAGUACAAACAAGAAGCCAAUUGGUGUCACUGAAAUGGACGCUAAACCUGCCAAAGACACAACGCUCAUGAUUGGAAAGGCACAAAUAUCUAGGCACCAUAACCUGCCAAACUAUUCUCUCUCUUUCCCAAGGGCUCAGAAGGGGCAUCGGAAUAUUGCUAUUCAAACUUCUCCCAGCCUCAGGAAGCAUUUUCCAGUUUUUAAAAAGAAAAAACUGACAACAAGUAAGUCUUUAAUGGAAAUGCCAACUGAGCCGGAAUGCUCUAUCCAAGUCAACGGCAAUCUUUCUGAGCAAGACAUGUCUUUGGACCUCUCUUACUUAAGAAUAACUAAACAUUCGGAAGAUGGAUCUAGAAGAGCCAAGACAUCCAAUCAGUUAUUUCAAAGAGAGUGUAAAGCACAAAGCAAUGGGCCUAUCCACUCAGCGUCAGAUACUUCCACAAUACUGGAAAAGGCAACUGUUUAUACACAGGUGCCUGAAUACAUACAUCUGACUUCUCCACAGGACAAUAGCACUUCCGUUUAUGCUUCAGACAUGUCCAUGGAUUUAAAUGAUUCAGUACGUUCUCCUAUGAGCCAAUCCAAUGAAAACUGUACACUGCCAUCCGAAUCAGGAAAAUCUCCCUCCUACUUAAACAAUACCAGGAACUGUAAUGAAAUUAAUCCACAUUAUGACUCUUGUGAAGAAAAAAGUGUUUUGGAGUUACCUGUAUCCACUAAAGACACUAGCACUAAUGAAAUCACUCCAUUAUCACCUCUGUCGAACCAGAGUUCAUCCCACUGCUUUCUCAGAGAUCAUCAACAGCCAACAGAGCCUGAAACAGGCUCUGAUUGCAUGGUGCUGACUAAUGAUAAUCAUGGAAUAACAUCAUUGACCAGCAGUAAUGAGUCAAAAUCUAUUCCCUUGUGUCACACUGAAAUGGAUAAAACUUCUACAUGGUCAUAUGUUCCAGAGUAUUGCAAUUAUUUAGAAGACUUUCACAUAAAGUCCCAUCUUCCAGGGAAUGAAAUUAAACCAGAAACCAACAAGGAGAUUAGAGACAUUAAUCAAAUUCACUUGGCACAUAGUGAACUAUGUGCCCUACAAGGCAAGCUGCAGUCCAUAGAGGAAUCUUUACACUCAAACCAGGAGAAGAUUAAAGUCCUUUUGAAUGUAAUUCAAGACCUGGAAAAAGCCAGAGCCCUCAGUGAAGGGCGCAACUUCUAUCGCACUGGCCAAGACCUCAACAACUGCAGCACUUGCCAGAACACCGCAUGUAUCAUUUACAGUGUGGAAUAUGACUUCAGACAACAAGAAGGCAGGUUUCAUCAGGUUUUGAAAACACUGGAUCAAGUGGAGAAAACUCCUGCCAUGGCUCCAGCCCCCAAAUUACCACCUGACCAUCCAAUUCCUGAGAAACAGGAAUUAAGACGAAAAACAAAAAAGGUGAAAAAGAAAUGCUUCUGGUGGAUGUGAAUGUCUUUUAGCUGACUACAGAAUUGAAGGGCAAUAUUUCAGAAGACACUGAAACAUAUAUCCAGAGGCUUUAAUAUGUACAACUAUGAAAUCAACAGGAAAUUAAAAAAUUUAAAAAAAGAAGUUAUUUGAAAACUCAGAAGCUUGGAAUGGAAUUUGCUCAUUUAACAAGCUCAGUGAAUAAAGAUACGAGUAUUUUGAAA